AAGAAUGCGUACGAUAUGAUGGAGGGCAGUAUGUGUUGAUGGGGUUUGUUGUUUCAGUAGCUAUACUUCGAAAUCAUAUACAUCUAUUAUUAUUUUAUGAGUAAGUUUAUCGGUUAGUUUUGUUUCCAGUAGAUUUUAGUAGCACAAAGUGUCUCUUAUCAGCAAGCAAGCAUCUCGAGGACUGGAAAAAAACAACGUUUUACACUUGUUCGAUGGCUCGCUAGCGAGCAAGCAAGCAAAUAUAAUAGAUUACUAGCUAGGUAGUGGGCUUCUCGUUCUAAGCAAAAAUGCCGCUGGGUUUAAAGCCAUGCUGUUCUGUCUGCAAAACAAACUCGUCGUCGAUGUGGAGAAAGGGAAAUCAGGGAGAAAUCCUUUGUAACAACUGUACAGCUAAAAGCAGUGUCACAGGAGUAUCAGGGUUGUCGGCGUCGUCCAACAUCCAGCAGAAUAAUGGCGGGGGCAAGCAGUCCAAACAAGAGAUCCACAGACGGUCUGCACGAUUGAGAAGCACCAAGUACAAGGCGCCUGCUUCUGAGAAGAAAGUUUCGACCAAAGGAAAAGGCAGACGGCACAUUUUUAAAUUAAAAAAUCCUAUCAAAGCUCCGGAGUCUGUGUCGACAAUCAUCACAUCCGAGUCGAUCUUCUAUAAGGGUGUUUAUUAUCAAAUAGGGGAUGUCGUAAAAGUUAUAGACGAAGAGGAUGGUAAACCUUAUUUUGCACAGAUUCGUGGUUUUGUUCAGGACCAGUACUGUGAGAAGAGCGCUGCAUUAACCUGGCUAAUCCCUACACAGUCUAGCCAGAGGGAUCAUUUUGAUCCAGGCACUUAUAUACUUGGUCCAGAAGAGGAUUUGCCCAGGAAAAUGGAAUUCCUUGAAUUUGUCUGCCAUGCUCCAUCAGAAUACUUCAAGUCAAGAAGCUGUCCCUUUCCAACAAUACCUAUUCGCCCAGAGAAAGGCUACAUUUGGACCCAUAUUGGACCUAGUCCUGCUGUUGCAAUCAAAGAAACUGUUAGCUGCAAUUAACUCUAGUUCAGCUUUAUAUACUGAGACCAAGAUUUAUCUAUUGAAUUGUGGAAAUUAUGGCAAAAUGUUCUGACAUGUGUAUAUAUAUUUUGAUGUUCCUUUAUUGGAGGUCUAGAGUAGUAGUCUUCCCCAUGGUUCUUGUGUGCAUAUAUUCUUGGAGAGUUGAUGCAUCAUCUCUGCAAUCUACCACCACAUCUUUUUUGAACUACCAAGCUAACUAUAAAUAAUUUUGCAGUACGUCAACAUUUGUGAAAAGAAUGCUAAGGACCUUAAUCAUUCAAAUGAAAGAUGACAUCCAUUUGGCUGGUUCAGUGCUUAACUAGAUGGAGUGGAAUCCUGGCCAGACGUGUGCUGGAAGACCUCAUCAUUACGCAGCCACAUGGUACAUCUGGGUAUAGUCCUAACGAAAUUACUGUCCCGGAUAUUCAGAUGGAAACUAUUAUUUGGAAACUUUUUUUUUUUAAUUGUUUUUUUGAGGAAAAACUAGAACAGGAUAGUAAAAUAUUUAUUAACAUGUUUCCAAGAUUUUCAGCAAUUAGAUUUAAAAUAAAGGGAUUUUGAGAA